GCAGCCCGGCAAUAGCCUUCAGCCAUCAGUUCAAGUCCCGUCGAUUCACGCGACAGUCGCCCCCGCCGCCCAUAACGACUCUAUCGGAAUAAACAAGGAAUUUUCAACUCCUGAUUAGCGAGGAAAAAGGAAUUGCCAAGUAACUAAUUACCAUGGAAAACAAGCAAGCGCCACCACCAGGAUUCGUUCCACCUCCAGCAUACACACCUGGACCACCGCACGUCGCUCCGUCUGCACCAGUGAUCAUGGUUCAGCACGUCGCCCUAGGACCAGAGUCCCAGAGGAUGUCUUGUCCUCAUUGUCAUGCUGACAUUUCCACGAGAGUCGAGACCGAGUCGAAUACUAAAACCCAUCUAUUCGCACUUCUCCUCUGUUUGAUUGGAUGUUGGCCAUGUGCUCCAUGCCCCUACUGCAUGGACUCGUGCCUAGCUAAGAAGCACUACUGCCCAGCUUGCAAUGCCUACAUCGGCCAGCACGACAAUUAAUCAAAACACUCCAAAAAAAUGAAUUAACAAAAUGCCAGACGAACGGAACAGAAUUUUCGAAAGUAUAUUUUUUACACACCUGCACGGAAAGUUCGUACUUCGCUCCCUCAUAAGUCUUAUCAGGAAUCAAAAUACAAACUUUUCUUUGCAGGCUUGUUGAAAAAUAGCGUGGGCACCUGGGGCGGGAAAAACCAGAUUUUUCGUCCUUGGUGGCCAAUAUACUAUUAAGGUAUUUAUGGCGUGGGCAAGGGAGGUCGAAACAAGUCAAGAAAUUGAUGAUUUUUUUAUACAUCCUUUGAUUUUAUCAAAACCCCUGUGCAAAAUCCCAGGCAGCCUCUCGUUUUCGGCGAGAGUACAAUAGAUUCCCCUCCACUUCACCUCCUACAUGCCCACACGCCAUAAGUACCUUAAAUUUAGUUUAUGUGCGAAUUAUUUCACCUUCGUACUUGAUACUCGGCACUGAACAGCGUUCCUUCAAAAUAAUAUACUUUUUAUAAUUUGCUUUACAUUUUUUCCGCAAUCAUAAAAAAUAGUGCUAAAAAAGCAAACACAACUCUUAAACUCCGACAGGGAUUAUUAUCCUUGAUUUAUAGAUGUGAUUUUUUAAUUGAAAUUUUCAAGUGUUCCUUAACUGAUGAAACAGAACUACAAAAAAAAAACAUAUUUGUGAUUAAAAAGAGUGCACUUCAGUGAUUAAAGUUAAAGAAACAAAAAUAAUCGCAACAACUGAAAAUAACGAUUACUCCUGUUGAUGGAGAUAUGAAGAACUAUUGAUCGCAUUUUUUGAAAAUUUACUUUUUAUGGAGGAUUACAUUCGAGAGUAUUCUAUUCCUACUUCCACGAUAAAUCGGUGUAUUGAAAAAUGACGUGUUAUUUUGGUAGUUCAGAGAUAAAUGUGUAACGUUGAUAACUCUACAGCAGGAUGGAGAAUAAUAAAUAAUCAUGAAAAGAGCGAAUAUUAUUCAGGGCUAUCCGUGCAUUACGCUUGUGUCUCGUAUAACUGAUUAUUACUGCUAUUUCUAAUGUCAAGUUCAUCUUUUCCUCUUGAUGGAAUCCUCAAGAUUACCUUAUUGAGAAUCUUGAUGGUACUUUACGUUUGUAAAACUUUUGCUGAAAAGAAAUAAAAAAUUAUUUUCUAGAUA